AUGGAGAAAAACGAGGUUGUGAUUACGUGUCCUCGCCGAAUCUACGGGCGCGUCGAGCUCCACGUGAAGAAGCUGCUGCGCAACAUUGAGCCGGAAUCCGUCACGCUGCAGCUACCGGAGCACGUCAAUAUGGGCAAAAUCAUCGGAAAAGGAGGUCGAAUGGCGAAGCAACUCGAAGCCAACGUGCAGGAGCUGCUCUCCAGUGAGCGCUGUGGUGCCGGCCACUUGCACGUCGGCAGGGGCCAGGUCAUCAAGAUCAACAGCCAGUCGCGCGAGAUCGUUGUGACGCUGGAAGGAGCGUCUAGGGCCUUGAUGUCGUCUCUGAUUGUGGAGACGCAUGGACACAAUACGCUGCCUCUAGUCACGCCCGGGCAGCAGUUGCAGCAGUGCCCUCGACUCGCGCAGCUGAUGAAUAAGGUGCCGCCGACAAGCUGGGCGACUCGAGAUGAUGUCGUGCUUCAACUUGCUCACGCGCUAGUGUGGCGCUGCAACGCCAGCAUCUGCGGCGGGUUCCUUCGGGACUGGGUUGUUCGUGGUGAGAGCGCCAACGAUAUCGACGUACGUCUGUCGCCGCCUCAAGUUACAGCCUCCUCUGUCGAGAGAGCACUCCGACAGUUCAUCUGGGGGUCGAUUGGCGCUGCUCAGUGCCAGGUUACAAUCAUCAGUCGGGCGCAAAAAGGAUCGGCGUUCGCGCUGACGUUCCGCGCUGCCAACAUAGAGGCUUUCGAUGUCGACCUCGUUGAUCCGUCUGCAAUCUUGAAGAAGAUGCACCCUGGCGUCGACUGCGACGCCGGGAAUCUGCUGCUGAACCGGAAGCAAGCCUUGUGCAAGAAGGUCGAGGGGGCUGGGGACUCGUGGUGCGCUGCGCUGGAGAACGUCCUCAAGAAGCAGUUUGUCUUCUACUACGCGUUGGAUACACGUGAUGCAGACCACAACACUGAAGCCCUCCGGCGACUUCGGACGUGUCUGUCUGCUGUGCCGACGAGCGUCAUAAGCCAAUUGAGUAGGAGCGAGAGAAGCUUGAUCAAACCUCAACGUGCGUAG